AUGCACUGGCUGCGAGCUGGGGAUCUUAACACUAAAUUCUUCCACCUCUCAGCCACAGUAAGGAGAAGCUAUCAGAAAAUUGACAUGAUCAAGAAUGGAGACGAGGAAGAGAUUAGACACCAAGAGGGAAUGUGCGAGAUUGUGAAGAACUACUUUAAAAAUCUCUUUACUGUGAGAUUGUUGAGACCGGUUUCGAAGGAAGAGUUACAUGAGGCAAUACCGGAAAUGCACCCCGACAAGUCUCCAGGUCCAGAAGAUUUUAAUCCGACAUUUUACCAAAAAUUAUGGGGUACAUGCAUUGAUGAUAUAUUUGAGGCGGUCAAGCAUUGGUUGGAUAUGGGUUCCUUUCCACCGGCACUUAGCGAAACGAAUAUCUGUUUGAUUCCUAAGUGUAUUAAACCUCGUAAUAGGAAUGAUUUGCGGCCUAUUUUGUUAUGCAAUAUGGUCUAUAAAUUGUUUUCUAAGAUGAUGGCGAAUAGGAGGAGAAAGUGCUUGUCGAAGUGUGUGUCGAAGGAACAAUCGACGUUUGUGGAAGGUCGAUUCAUUAUUGAUAAUGCUAUGAUUGCAAUUGAGGUCAUUCAUGCUCUUAAGAGAAAGACUCAAGGAAAUGUUGCAUAG